AUGGAAGUGCUACCGAGGUCUGCAGAAGGACUGGCGAGAAUGAUGACCAUCAUCGUUGAGGUGUACGGGGAGUUCGGGCUAACGGUGUCGGAGAAGAAGACGGAGACGCUCGUGAUGCGCGCAAAGGACAAGCCGACUACAACAUCACAGCCCGCCCCGCCUCCACCACUGACCAUCGAAGCCGCGGGACAGAAACACGCCCAGACGACCGAGUUCCGGUACCUCGGUGGCCUCGUCAACGAACAUGGCGACCUCACCCGGGAGAUCAACUACAGGAGCAGAGGAGCGUGGGCGUGCCUCAGGCGAUAUGGCCGAGAGCUCUCCGACAGACCGCAAGCGCCAUUCCGACUCAAGGUCCGCCUGCUCCAGGCGGAGGCGAUGGAGGCACUGCUGAACGGCUGCAUGGCAUGGUCACCACUCAGCGGCCACUAUCAGACGCUGCGGUCGAUACACCACCGACUGCUCCUUCGAGUUAUCGGGUACAAGCGCAAGAAAAACACCUACCGGCAGCUCUCCUACGCCCAGACGCUGAAGAGGGUCGAAUGCCAGAGCGUUGAAGCCACGAUCCGACAACGACGCCUACUGUUCGCGGGAGCAUUGGCAAGGCAGCCGGACGGGCGACUCCCGAAACGACUGAUGCUCGGCGAA